AGUACGAUUGUUACGAUUGUAAUUAUAGCAAGUGUUUCCUUGAACGUCAGAUGCCGGGAUCUGUUUCAAUAUAAUAUAUAAGUAUAAUAUAAUAUAUAAAAGAGUCAAGAAUUUGAAAUACCCAGUUUGAUUAAUAAAUAAGUGCAUUUUAAUUCAAGCAACUCUGUUUAAAACUCUAACAAAUAUUACACGAUAAUAAAUACGUGUGUAUUUACAUUAAGUGAACAUUUAGUAGUUUGAGAAACUAGCGGAAACGACAAUUAAAUCACGCCCUUACUAACUGGCCGAGCUCAUAACGACAGUGUCAACAAUUCAACAGCAAAAAGUAAAAACAAUAACAACCAUGAAAUAAACAACAAAUGUGUGCAGAAGUGAACUUAUCAUAUUAACAAAUACAGUGUAGAAUAUAUUAUAAAAUACAUAGCUAAAAAAGUUAAACACACAUGAGCAGUGAACAAGAUUACGCUUAUAGCAUUGUAUAGACAAAUCACCAUUUUGACUAGCGUUUCUUCGCAGUGACGAAUUAUUAACAAAACGAAAAACCCAUUUCAGAAAGUAAUCGAGUGAUGAGCGAGUCGGAAUAAUUUCAAAACACCACAUUUUCGGAGAGCGUAGUCUGUUUAAUAUUUUCCACAAAUUAUCAUAUCAGUCUGAAAUAAGAAGUAAGAAAAAGAAGUAAAAACGCUACACAAUCUGAAAAAGUAAAAAAAAGUGCAAGUAAAUAAAUCUGAAUAUUCGGUGUAAUAUUGUCGGGCAUCGAACAAAAACAAAGAACCAUGAUGAAUUCAAGCAUUUGACUAGACGCGAUAAGCGUAACAACAGAAAGUGAGUAGUUAGAGUGCUGCGUGAUUAAACUGAUAAAUUGCUGCGAACGCGAACAGUGAGAAAUCCACACGAACAAUAAUACUUGAGAAUAAACUAUACAAACCGAGUUUUUAAAAUUUUCGAUCACGAAAACAAAACUUUGCCUUUCAAUAAAUGGAGAAGCCUAAUCACAAAGAACUCAGAUUCCAUUCCAAUGAGCACCAAGUGAGUUACAUGUAUCUGAUAAACAAAAUGCUGCUGAAAAUCGAGAAUACCCUACUUCGAAGCCAUCGUCAACGUGAGACAACAGGAAUAAAGGAGCUGUACAAUUCCUUUUUCGUGUUAUUUUAAACAUUUUAUCUGUGAAGCUUGCGAACUAUUUCAUUGAGAUAGCCUUCAGUGUCAAAGCAAAGUAUUUAGUCAACAUAGUAUAUUUGUUACUAGUGUGUUACAAAGCUAUAUUCAUAUUAUCGAUAUUAAGGAGUUAAAUAUAAAAUAAGAGAAAAAAUAAUAGAAAUUAGUGUAAAGCAGCAUCUGGUUAUUAGUAAAAUCAAAGUGUAAAUAGCAUCAAAUAGUAAAAAUAAAUGUUGCAAGAUUCUUGAACCUCAAA